GGGGAGGAAACUAUUCGAGCCCCGCAGACAGCCUGCCCCAACCACGGUAGACUGGAUACCAGGCUAUGUUACGCCCACGACCGAAACUAUGAUCAAGGUGUGGCCGCAACAUUUUUGUUCGUGCAGAACAAGGUAGGUCAGCCUAGCUAACACACACACACGUGCAAACAGCGCUUAGUUUUUGAGGAAAAUUAACCCAAAUGGCGUACGGGCACUCUCCCAAGUACUACUGCGUGGUGGAUUUUGAGGCGACAUGUGUCAAACCGCGUCGGGCGGACUUCCGGACCGAAAUUAUCGAGUUUGGUGCCGUCAUCGUGGAUGGGAGUAACUUCCAAAUGAUUGACGAAUUCCACGAGUACUGCAGGCCAGUGGAGAACCCCGUCCUCCAUGAGUUCUGCAAGGAUCUCACCAAGAUACAGCAGAACACGGUGGACGCUGCCAGCCCCUUCCCCGUGGUGUUUGACCGCUUCCAGAAAUGGCUGUCCGGCAGAGGCCUGACAGACUCCAACUUUGCACUGGUGACAGACGGCAUCUUCGACUGUAAUCAGAUCAUGCGGUCCCAGUGCGAGGUGUCCCGGAUGUCGUUCCCAAGCUUUGCCCGGAGGUUCUCUAACAUCAAGGUUCACUACAUGCAGUUCAUGGGGAUCCGUCUGCGGCGCGGCCAGCCGACCCCCCGCAUCCCGGACAUGUUGUCGGCCCUGGGCAUCAGUCAGGAGGGGCAGCUCCACAGCGCCAUCAGCGAUGCACGCAACAUCUGCCGCAUCAUGGAGGCCCUCGCGCGCCGACUCCGGGCCAAAGGGCGACCCGCCGUGUUCCCGAACAACGAGACACUGAAGGCCAACUGGGUCGUCAAGCAUCCGUCCGACUAGCUCUGCUACCGAGCUAAAAUUCAAACUAUGCAACAACGUCGUCGAUUUUUAAACUGUAGUUUCGUAGAGCGUACUGUAGUUUGGGUUAGAUUUUACACGUUGUUUUGCCGUGAUCCACUGUGUGUGUGAAUAUGAACUUAUGGAAUGAAAUGUGCAGGAUUUUAAACUUCUUAUGUAUUGCAACCUUCUCCCUGACAAUGAUAUGUGAUUCCGCGUAUCAAUAUAUA